UAAUGCUUUGCAUGGCCAGCUAGCUGCUAUCGUGUGCGUCGAUGACAGUCGCGUUGUCAUCUGUUCGGAGUGAUCGUGCGAUGUUACUUGAGGAGCUAACCGGGGCUACCGGCGGCCGACACUUAACGUCGCGCAGUGCGUUUUUCGUGAGACUGUGAAUUAAGCAAAAUAAAAAAAGAAGAACGAGAAAGAAAAUAACGAAACGCUAACGGACAAACGUACCGGGAAAGAUAGGGACGGGGAAGUGUGAAGAGACACAAGUGUGAGAGAGCGUGAAAGACAGAAAGGAAGAGGGAAGGAGGACGGGCAUUUGCGGAAACAGGACUUCAUCGUGCCCACGGCCGAAGUAACGUGGAACUUCGGUUCCACGUACCGCCGUUCGUCGGUUUCGGCUACUCUUCUCUCCGUUCUCACCGUAAAUCUCCGAGUCACGCGGAGAGCGAAGGAAAAAACGGACCGUCGCGGUAGCACCGUGUGCGGUAGUGCAGCAGCAACGUACCAAGAUGCUGUCGUCAGUGUCAGCGAAAUAAUAAUGUGGUGCGACGUCAGUCAGCAUAAAACUAAUGAAAGGGAAGAUGUUUUGGGCCUAAAGAGUUGUGCAAUGAUGGGUCUGCAGGCGACGGCAGGAAAACGCAAAUUAGAGGGUGGUGUCGGCUGCAUGGAAUUCCACAUGGACUUAGGCGAGAGUCCAUCGAAACUCGGACGCGUGGACGGUAGCUGGUGGGCGAUGGACGACAGUUACGGGCCGCCCCUGAACCAGACGUCGACGUCGUAUUACGAGAUGGAAGUGAGCUCGCCCUGCCUACAGACGACGAACCCGUGCCAGCCCUCGGCGACGAGUUCCUCGCAGUCGCAGCAGCAACAGCAACCGCAACAAUCUCAGCAACAUCCGUCGCAGCACCAUUCAUCUUCCCAAUCACCGCAACAGGCACAACAGCAGCAGCAGCAAUCGCAGCAGCAGCAGCAGCAGCAACAAUCGCCAGCGUCAUCCUCGACAUCGGCCUCGUCCACGGUGACACAGUUGCAUCACCAUACGCAACAUUAUUAUCACCAUCAACGCGCCGCCGUCAGUCCUAUUGGCAGCAAUGGUUAUAGCCAGCUGUCGAGAUCUCAGCCGCAAUGGGGCGCCCUUCAUCAUUACGAGCCGCCAACGAUACGUCGCGAGGAAAAUGGCAAGAGCUAUCUGGAGCUCGGUUCAAGUUACCGGGCGAACGAACGAUGCUGCGAAGGUUCCAAGUCCAGCUGGUGUCGGCGCGGUCGAGCCUGCUACCGGCAGCGACGACUCGCCGUGCUCAACAUCUCUAUGUGCAAACUCGCCAGGUACCGCCAAUUCCCGGAUCCGAGCCUCCACCGAUCGGUAUUGAUCUGCAACACUUUGAGACACCUAGAACGCGAGAUGGAGAGGGACAGGAGUCCACCGCCCAUGGAGCCGGUCGUGCCGGCGCCGAUCGCUCAACUGCAACCGCCCGAGCAGGGCAGGUUAACGCCUUUCCCUGUGCCGCCGACGUCGUCGGGCGAGACCGACGUCGAUUCCGGCAUCGGUGACAGCGACGAUAGCCGAUCGAUCAAUUGGGGUAGCGUACUAUCUCUGUCGAGCCAAUCGCCGCUCGACCCGCUCAACAACAACGAACUACUGGAUGUAGACAUUGGGCCCGAUCUCGACCUGGACUUUAUGCCCGGGUGGAAGCUCACGCCUCUUUCGGCGGAUGAUAUUUUGAGAAGUACAACGACAACCCAGGAACAGCAUCAUCACCAUCACCAUCACCAUCACCACCAUCACCAUCAGCAUCAUCAUCACCAACAGCAGCAGCAGCAGCAGCAGCAGCAACAACAACACCUAAUGUCGUCGGGGAGCAGUUGCGGCAGCAGCUGCGGCAAUAGCAAUGUCAUCGGAAGUGCCGGCGUCAGCAACGUUGGUAGCAGCAGUAGUACGCACGAGUCGUUGAUGUGUGUAGGAUCAUAGCCCUCGACUUUGACAUCGUUGAGUCAUCUCAUCGAUUUCUAUCCGCUGACGCCGCAGGGCAAAUAAAUCCGCGGCGGUAGCCAACGCGGAUUCUGGGAAGGCGCGCGGGCGAGAGGCGGUAGUGAAUACGGAUCUCUCGUCCACCCUCUGGAGCGCUCGACGUCCGGCCGGCGACUCUCGAGGAGCCGCCUUCAUCUUUCUGUUUCGCGUUAAUUUAUUGUCGCGUCAAUUACACGUGUACACACUAAUACAUACAAACGGACACGUACACCGAUACCGAUACAACCUUCUGUGACACUUUUGUUCUUCCUCCGCUCUUUUUACCACCGCUACUACUACUACUACUACUACUAUCACCAUUACUGACCCUAUCGUUACCAUUACUUCUACUACUGUCCCUCCCGCGACUAUUUACCACUAUCGUUAUCGUUACUUCUAUUACUAUUGCUACUAUUGCUAGUAAUAUUAUAUUACUACUCUUACUAAUACUAUUACUACUACUACUAUUAUUACUAUCGCUAAUCAACGUGUCUCCCAACGUAUCUGCUCCCCGAGGGACGCGUCAUGACACGCGGCAUCCGCAGGUGCAGACAAAAUAGAGCGCUCUGAGGGCUUAACGAACGAGUUAAGAACGGGGGAGAGAGAAGAAGGGAGAAGGGUUGAGACAAGGGGAAAGAAAGCCUUUACUGUCCGCGUGUCGACAGGUGCUGCUACUCGCGAUGAUCUGGUGUCCUGACAAAUAUUCGGACGGUAAAUUUUCGUAUCAAGCUACCGCAUACAAGAUCACUCGCAUGUAUCAUCUCCUCCGCCGUGGAAUUUCGAGGCCAGGUGCAAGCGCAGUUGACACGCGCCUCGGGAUAAUUUCUAUCAAGAUUUGAGAAAGAACUGUCGGGUAAUCAUCAUUCGUCAGGUAUUCUUCAAUAACAAUUUAAUACAUAGAGAUAGGAAAAUUGAAGCAGUGUUUUUAUAGUUGCAUCUGCGAGCUCGUAAAUCCACGUGCGAAUUCUCCGAAAAGUAAUUAAGACAUACAAGUAAAUGCACAGAGAGAGGGAAAAUGGUAUUGGCUACGUCGAGUACGAAGAAGCUUCCUCUUCGGGGCUGGAAAAAUCGACGAGAAUGUUGCAAUCGAAGUCUUCCGGCCCGGGGAGCUUCUGUUCUCCUCGCCGUUCACAGCCUCAGAUUGUCCGGGGGAUUUUCUUCGUGGAACAGCAUGCGAUGUCGGGGUCCGCGUCUCUGGGAAAAACAAUCGAUGAUAAUCACCGAUGAUACGCUACUCGCGCAUAUAUAUGUACACGGACACGCAUUCAACACAUACACGCACAUACAGACAGACAGUACAUACAUACGACUGCCGUGGCCUAUAUUACACGAAGAGACACGUGCGAGUGUGAGCGCACGCAAGUUGUACGGUGCUACAGCAUCCUG